AUGAGAGCCAUGUGGGUGUGGUCUCGUAUGCUUCGACUGAUCUUAAACCUUCAGGUGACAGAUCGGGGGUUCAAGCUGUCUCGCUGCUCUGCUUGCUGUUCAACAUCACGACUACCAAAUCUUGGCGAUUCCGUUGGACCUAUCAAGCGAGUAGAGCUUGUCUACGGCCCCAACUCACAGAGCCGCGGUGUCGCCAACGUGACCUUCCACAAGUCCGAUGGCGCUAGCAAUGCCUUCCAGAAGUUGAAUGGUCUUCUUGUCGACAACCGACCAAUCAAGAUUGAGAUCGUCGUCGGGGCUGCUCAGGCUGACAAAGUCAUUCCUGCUGCCAAGACCCUCGCUGAGCGUACUUCUCAGCCCAAGUCCCAGGCCAAGGCUCAACCCAAGUCCGCUGCUGCUGACAAGCACACCGCCGGUGCCGCCAAGGGAGCCGCGAAGGGCGCUGCCAACAAGAAGCGCCGCGGUCGUAGCAGUCGUCCUGCAAAGAAGACUCAAGAGGAACUCGAUUCAGAGAUGGCUGACUACUUUGUCGCCCCUGCCCCUGAGGUUGCUGGCAACACUGCUGCUCCUGCUGCCGCACCUGCUGCCACUGCUGAUGCUGAUAUGGAUGAGAUCGCUCAACUUGUAAUGAUGGCGAUGAGGGAGAAUUAA